UUGCCUAACGUCCCAACCCAAUAUUAGGCAAGUGUCCUUGAAGGCAAUGCAGCAGCCUCUGGUAAAGAAAGAACCAUUGGUGGCUGGAAGUGUACUGAGUAGGAGGCGAGUCCUUCUGGGUAAAAAUGUCCCUCGUGGAAACGGAGGGCAUGGGAUCCCUGGAGGAAGGGAGCAAAGGACAUUUUUCCUGAAGCCCUCCAGGACAGUGUUGGAGCAGUCUGGUCAGUGCCACUUUGCCUGCUGACCUGAUGAUGCAGGGCAGUGGGAAGGACUAGGCUUGUGCCUUCGGGGUAACAGAACAUCUGCCCCCCAGAUCCAGUCUCUUGUUUAUCCAUGCAGUAAAGAGAGGGCAUCUUAAGUAAGGCUGGCAUUCUUGCAGUGAAAGCAGGCAUCAGGCUUUUGCUUCUAAGGGAAAGAGGAAAGCAAGUGCAGCCUGUGCGCAAAUGCUGGUGGUGCCUCCCCUCCCCCCCACCCCCCGGAGGCCGAGAAUGGGGGGUAGUAGGAGGGGCUGGCUGUGACUGCAUUCAUGGAAAUGAGCCUGGAGGAGCGGAGCAGCACACACUCGGAGCGUCAGCUAGGGCUGCAGCUCUGCGCGUCCAUCUCUGCAGUCCACACCGGCCUUCCCCACUGGGCCCAGCGCGUUUGCACCUGCGGGGCCAGUACUCUCAGCUUUUGUUUUCUCUGGACACCUUCUUCUCUGGCCCUGCUGUGCUGGCGCACACAUGCUGUCCUUGCUCCAGCUCUCCCUGCACCUACAGCUGUGGGAGCUCCCGGCAGCCUGGGACUGUGGGAUCGCUGCACAGAACCACCAUGGCCUCUGACGCGGAGAGCUGUGACCUGCCGAGGCUUUGAUGUUGCUGCCCAGGGCUUGCCAGGACACUGGGGCCGCAGGAGAGGGGACUCACCGUGGGCCAGAGUGCAAUGGUGCAAUCUCGGCUCACUGCAACCUCUGCCUCCCAAGUUCAAGUGAUUCUCCUGCCUCAGCCUCAUGAGAAGCCAGGAUUACAGUUCCCAGUGACCUGACCGCAGAGGAGCGUCAAGAACUGGAGAACAUCCGGCGGAGAAAACAGGAGCUGCUGGCUGACAUUCAGAGGCUGAAGGAUGAGAUAGCAGAAGUAGCUAAUGAGAUUGAAACCCUGGGAUCCACAGAGGAAAGGAAAAACAUGCAGAGGAACAAACAGGUAGCCAUGGGCAGGAAAAAAUUUAAUAUGGACCCUAAAAAGGGGAUCCAGUUCUUAAUAGAGAAUGACCUGCUGAAGAACACCUGUGAAGACAUUGCCCAGUUCUUAUAUAAAGGCGAAGGGCUCAACAAGACAGCCAUUGGUGACUACCUAGGGGAGAGAGAUGAAUUUAAUAUCCAGGUUCUUCAUGCAUUUGUGGAGCUGCAUGAGUUCACUGAUCUUAAUCUCGUCCAGGCGCUACGGCAGUUUCUGUGGAGCUUCCGGCUACCGGGAGAGGCCCAGAAGAUCGACCGGAUGAUGGAGGCAUUUGCCCAGCGAUACUGUCAGUGCAAUAAUGGCGUGUUCCAGUCCACGGACACUUGUUAUGUCCUCUCCUUUGCCAUCAUCAUGUUGAACACCAGUCUGCACAACCCCAAUGUCAAAGAUAAGCCCACAGUGGAGAGGUUCAUUGCCAUGAACCGAGGCAUCAAUGAUGGAGGAGACUUGCCGGAGGAGCUACUCCGGAAUCUCUAUGAGAGCAUAAAAAAUGAACCCUUCAAAAUCCCGGAAGAUGACGGGAACGACCUCACUCACACUUUCUUCAAUCCAGACCGAGAAGGCUGGCUAUUGAAACUCGGAGGUGGCAGGGUAAAGACUUGGAAGAGACGCUGGUUCAUUCUGACCGACAACUGCCUUUACUACUUUGAGUAUACCACGGAUAAGGAGCCCCGUGGAAUCAUCCCUUUAGAGAAUCUGAGUAUCCGGGAGGUGGAGGACUCCAAAAAACCAAACUGCUUUGAGCUUUAUAUCCCAGACAAUAAAGACCAAGUCAUCAAGGCCUGCAAGACCGAGGCUGACGGGCGGGUCGUGGAGGGGAACCACACUGUUUACCGGAUCUCAGCUCCGACGCCCGAGGAGAAGGAGGAGUGGAUGAAGUGCAUUAAAGCAGCCAUCAGCAGGGACCCUUUCUAUGAAAUGCUCGCGGCACGGAAAAAGAAGGUCUCCUCCACGAAGCGACACUGAGUGUGCAGCCAAGGGCGUCGGUCUGCGGGGCUUCGGAGCUCCUGCCCUUCUCCCGCGCCUCCACGGAUGUGCUGCUGCCUGGCAGAGCGUCCUCUGCCAGGCCCUGCCCUGGAUUCUUAGAGACUAGCUUCAGCUUUUGCUAUUUUUUUUUUAAGUGGGAGAAGUGUGGGCUGUUAUCACUGGGGAAAAGGGGACCGGCUGCCUAUCCAGCAUGGGCUGCUGAGCCUUUCUCUCUCACAGGGCAGAGCUCCUGUUGGCAGGGCAGCCUCCUGGCGAGUUUCUCUGCUCGGUGUUCUGGUAGCAGAGCUUGGUGCCAACUGUUUACCUCCUGGUUGUCCCGGUGAAGAAGCCUUCAACCCCUGCACCAUAAAUACAUGUAUCCAUAUAUUAUUAUAUGUUAAGAAAAAAGGUGGAAAGGAAGAGAAGCCACAUACUAUAAAGAUCUAUUUUUUUUUAAGAGAGAACAUAGUGCUGUUCAGGUGCGUUCUGCCCUGGCUGUUCUGGGAGCUUCUCCCUGGAGAAGAGCACCCAGGGCUGCAGCUGAGGGGCAUCAGCCUGGGCCCGAGGCAGGGCCUGGCCCACCUCUCCUGUGCUGUGGGAGCUGACUGCCUAGUGCUUGUCUGGGCGAGAGAGACAGGUGAGGUCAAGGAUGCAGAGGGCAGAGGUGCGGUGGGCCUCGGACAACACAGUCAGACUGGGGCCUGCCCUGGCCGGGGGCACAGCCAGCAGCAGCAGCAUGCAGUCCAGCAGCUCCCGCAGAUAUUUCUCCAUCCCAAGUGCCUGCGGAGCGCCAAGGAGAGAGGAGAGAACUGACCGGACGCUUACGUUAUUUUCCUCCUUCAGAAUCCAAGUUCUUGUGGGGCUUUAACGUAGAAAGUCAGCAUUUUCCUUGAGCUAAAUACCUAAUAACCAAAACUGUGAGGAAAGUUAUCGGGACAGAGCUUCCAGAUAACCUAACUGUUUCAUAUUUGGUUUUUCUUCCUUUUCCCCAGAACUCCAGUCCUCGUUCUAGAGGAAGGAGUAGGACUUACCCAAUCCCCUUAGGGCUUCAGCUUUUUCUGCCUCAAAACUGGCCCUAACUGGACUACUCUGGAUACGUUUUGUGGUGGGCCCCCUAGAGGGGAGGAUAGGCCUUUAUCUGCUCAGUGGAGUGCACUGGAGUGAGGUGGGGUGGCCAGGCAGCCUCUCACAUCUCUCUUCUCCCUGCAGGCACUGUGUGAGCUGGCCCUGCCCUCAUUCCAGUGUGAAGGGAGCCAUGAUACGCAGCAUUUUCCUGCCGUUCUCUCAGGGACUCUCAAGGGCAGCUCCUGCCCCUCCGCCAGGGCCAGCAUGCCAGUCCAGGCCGAGCAGGUGGCUGGCCGUCUGGCCUUCUCGGCCCGCCCCUCCACAGGACCCUGGCGCAGGGCGGUGCAGGGCGUGGCCCCGAGGAGGCAGGUGGAGGAGCUGCGGGUUUCCACAGGGCCGCAUCGCCACAGAUCUUCUGACCCUUUGGGGUUGGCGAGCAUCUCUGGAAAUAGCUUUUGCAGAGGCGUGGUGGGAGGAACGGAGGGGGACAGUCUCUCACUGCCCCCUCCCCGAUCUGUGUAGAUCCUACCUGGAGUGGCUUCACGCACUUUUGUGCCAGAGCUUGUGAGGGUGACAGAAGAGGGUCCAGGCUGGAAACCUGAACUUUCUGGGUGGGAGAACCAGGCGGUGCCUGCUGAGGUCUGGGCAUGUUUGGGCCGGCACUGGAGCCUGUCCAGCUGGCCUAGACCCUGACCUGGUUCUCACAAGUGUUUCCUAGUCAGAGAGGCACCUGGGUCAGUAUUAGUCUAUUUAUCAGAGGUGUAAAUAAUCUAUGUAUAGUUUUUCUCCUUUUAGAUUAUUUUGUAUUUGUUUAAAAGAAGUUUUGUCAAAAUACAAAAAUAUAAAGAAAUGACUGAAAGUUGUUGACAGGGUUUUUUAAAAAAUUAUAAUUAUUCUAAUUGUUUUUGUUUGUUUGUUUUUGCCUUGUAAACUAGCGCCAAGGAACUGCAGCAAAUAAACUCCAAAUUUGCCCAUGCC